CAACACGAAACACUAGAAACAGAGGAAAAAAAAACUACAGAUAAAGACAAGAGCAUAAAAGACUUGUAGAUAUAAAAGACACACACCUCAGAGAAAGAGAAGAGCAGAGAGAAAGAUCCAACUUCCACAUUGAAACCAUGGAAGCUGAAAAAGAAACAGAGCAAGAAGGAAACUUGACAGUUAUGAAACUACCGGUGUUAACAAUGAAACCCAACACUCACAGCCACUCUAUGUCCUCACCUGUUCACAGUUCCAUAGCAGCUUCAGUCCCAUUUAGCUGGGAAGAAGAACCUGGCAAGCCCAAGCAACACUCUUCUUCUUCCUCGUCCUCUUUCUCACCAUUACCUUCUUACUUUUCAUCUUCUCCUGAAACCCACAAGUCACUGGAGCUACCACCAAGGCUACUCUUUCUUGAAAAAGAUGGAGGAUUAGCUACGAAACUGCAGUCGCCCAUCACUGUCUUUGAUGGGCCUUAUAGCAUGACGAGGUCAAAAAGGAUGGAUUCACCUUCGUUUAGGAUGAUGGUAAAGGGUAGUGCUGACUGUUAUGGGUCUUUCAGGAGUGACAUCGAUGGUGCUUUAGAGGAUGUGGAAGGGGACUUUAAGCAGCAGGAUACGAGUAGUGGCUCUUUGGCUCUUGUGAAGAAGAGAGGGAGAUUAGGGUUUUUUGGGUUUAGGAGGAGGAAAGCAUUAAAGGGAAAAACAGAGUUUGGUAGAGGUAGUUAUGUGUUUCCAUCUUCCGUAGACAGAGAGAGUGAAUAUGGCACAAACGAAGAGGAAGAUGAAGACAAAGGCUUUGGCUAUGGUGAUGGUGAUGGUAUUAGUAGCAGCCAAAGCAGCAGGUUUUGUGAAGUGAAGAUCUCAAGCAUUAGCAGAACAGGGAGCUUCUCUACUCUUCCUAAACCACCUCCUUCUUCUUCAAAGUCUCACUUCUGGACGAAUGUGUAUUCAGGACUAAAGCAAGUGGUUCCAUGGAAGAACAAGAAGACUACAGUUUGAGAUGCUGCCCUGUUAAAGAUUUAUACAAGACUAAAAACAAAAAACAAAAAACCAAGAAAGCUCCUCUGGUUUCUACAUAUAUCUUCAAAAAUCAAACUUUUGCUUAUGAUUUUUUUCUUUCUUUUUUUCAGUAUUUCCAAGAAAAUGACAUGACCAUUAUUAAAAUCAUUAUGAAACCCAGUAUCUUUCACACGUAUUGUUGUUGUUUGUGUUUGUAAUGUUUGAAUAUUUCUUGAAACGUUUGUAUAGAGAGAAACAGAGAUGUAUAAUGGAUAUUAUUAUUCAUGUUUGUAACAAAAACAAAAAAAAGCAAGAACCUUUGAAGGCUCUUUACAUGUA